AUGACGCUGAAAGAAUAUCUUAUGAAAGUAAAAGAAGAAAUAAAAGAACGACAUUUUUGGAAAACUGUUCGUUGUGAGUUUUUUGGUACUUUGCUCUAUGUAUUGUUCGGAUGUGCAGCAACGGUUACUUGGAACGCAGAUAACCAUGAUCCCCACAAGAUAAUCCGUAUUAGUCUUAGUUUUGGAUUUAUUGAAUAUAUUCUGGUUUCUUCUCUUAGUCAUGCCAGUGGAUCACAAUUUAAUCCAGUUAUUACAAUAUCUACGCUUUGCACUAAAUACAUAACUUUCUUCAGAGCAACUUGUUACAUUUUUGUGCAACUUAUCGCGGGAAUCAUAUCGUCUGCUAUUCUAUAUGGAUUGGUACCCGAGUAUUCGCAAGAUCAUUUUGGAAUCAAUGUUUUUAAUCCAGAUGUUUCUCGUGGACAAGCGUUUGGAAUUGAAUUUCUAGGAACGUUUUUGUUUGUUUUUGCUUAUUUUUCCUCACUGAGGAAGAAAAACGAAAAACUGAUGCCAAAAGCUCUUCCGUGUGGCGUUUCUAUAGCGUCUGCUCACAUUUUUACGCUAAGGUUUGAAAAAAAACUUCCUUUUGUACAUGUAUAUUGUUUAUGUAACGUUGCUUUUUACGAGUUGAUGGUAUCAACUCAUGUUAUGUGACU